UCACGACCUCGCAAGGUGGUGGUGUCCGGCCGGCGAGGCGAUGAAGAAGGCACGGGCGGGGACGGCGAAGGAGGCGGCGGCGGUGGGGCAGGUCAAGGCGGAGCUGGAGGACGUGGGGAAGGCGGCGGGGCGGGCGGUGGCGGUGGCGGCGGCGCCGGCGCUGAGCCCGCUGAGCGAGACACUGUGGCGGGAGAAGGCGGCGAUGGAGUUCCUCGGGGACGUGUCGGCGCGGCUGGCGUGGAGGGACCUCACGGUCACCGUCGCGCUCGGCAGCGGCGACACGCAGACCGUGCUCCAGGCGCUCACGGGGUACGCCGAGCCGGGCACCAUCACCGCGCUCAUGGGCCCCUCCGGCUCCGGCAAGUCCACGCUGCUCGACGCGCUCGCCGGCCGCCUCGCCGCCAACGCCUUCCUCUCCGGGACCAUCCUGCUCAACGGCCGCAAGGCAAACCUCUCCUUCGGCGCCGCGGCCUAUGUGACUCAAGACGACAACUUGAUCGGCACGCUGACUGUGAGGGAGACGAUCUCGUACUCGGCGCGCCUUCGGCUCCCCGACAACAUGCCCAUGGAAGAGAAGCGUGCCUUGGUGGAGGGCACCAUCGUGGAGAUGGGGCUCCAGGACUGCGCAGACACGGUCAUCGGCAAUUGGCACCUGAGAGGGGUCAGCGGCGGCGAGAAGAGGAGGGUCAGCAUUGCCCUAGAGAUACUCAUGAGGCCUAGGCUGCUCUUCCUGGAUGAGCCCACCAGUGGUCUUGACAGUGCUUCGGCGUUCUUCGUGACACAGACUCUGCGUGGGCUGGCGAGGGAUGGCCGGACCGUGAUCGCGUCCAUCCACCAGCCCAGCAGCGAGGUCUUCGAGCUUUUCGAUCGCCUCUAUCUUCUCUCAGGGGGCAAAACAGUCUACUUUGGACAGGCUUCCGAGGCUUGCGAGUUCUUUGCCCAAGCUGGCUUCCCGUGCCCGCCGCUGCGCAACCCGUCGGAUCAUUUCCUCCGGUGCAUAAAUGCGGACUUCGACAAGGUGAAGGCCACACUGAAAGGAUCAAUGAAGAUGAGAUUUGAGAGGUCCGACGAUCCCCUCGAGCACAUCACGACUUCGGACGCCAUCAGAAGGCUGUUCAGCUACUACCAGCACUCGCAGCACUACUUGACGGCGCGGCAGAAGGUCGACGAGAUGGCACGGGUGAAAGGGACGGUCCUGGACGCAGGGGGGAGCCAGGCCAGCUUUGGGAUGCAGGCCUGCACGCUCACCAAGCGAUCGUUCGUCAACAUGUCGAGGGACUUUGGGUACUACUGGCUGAGGCUUGUCAUCUACAUUGUGGUCACCGUCUGCAUUGGGUCCAUCUACCUCAACGUCGGCACCAAAUACAACUCCAUCCUGGCACGGGGCGCGUGCGCGUCCUUCAUCUUCGGCUUCGUCACGUUCAUGUCGAUCGGAGGGUUCCCGUCUUUCGUGGAGGACAUGAAGGUGUUCCAGAGGGAGCGGCUGAACGGGCACUACGGCGUGCUGGCGUUCGUGAUCAGCAACACGCUGUCGGCGAUGCCGUUCCUGAUCCUCAUCACCUUCCUGUCGGGGACACUGUGCUACUUCAUGGUGCGCCUCCACCCGGGCUUCAUGCACUACGUCUUCUUCGUGCUCUGCCUCUACGCCAGCGUCACCGUCGUCGAGAGCCUCAUGAUGGCCAUCGCCAGCAUCAUCCCCAACUUCCUCAUGGGCAUCAUCAUCGGCGCCGGGAUACAGGGGAUAUUCAUGCUGGUGUCGGGGUACUUCAGGCUCCCGCACGACAUCCCGAAGCCCUUCUGGAGGUACCCCAUGUCCUAUAUCAGCUUCCACUACUGGGCACUGCAGGGGCAGUACCAGAACGACCUGGUGGGGCUGGUGUUCGACAACCAGGACGAGGAGCUGCCCAAGAUCCCGGGGGAGUACAUCCUGGAGAACGUGUUCCAGAUCGACGUGAGCCGCUCCAAGUGGCUGGACCUGUCCGUGCUCUUCGGCAUGAUCGUCAUCUACCGCCUGCUCUUCUUCGCCAUGAUCAAGGUCAGCGAGGACGUGACGCCGUGGGUGCGCGGCUACAUCGCCAGGAGGAGGGUGCAGCACAAGCGCAGGGAGGCGGAGCUCGCCAUGAUCCGGACGCCCUCGCUGCGCGGCUACGUCGUCGACGCCGCGCCGGAGCUGCCGGCCGAUCAUCCGUGAGACCGUGACCCAUGAUUGAGAAUGGAAGAUGAAUGGCCUGAGCUGAAUCGGCAUACAUGAUCCAUAAUGUGUGAUCCUUGUGUGGUGUGAGUACAAUCUGACGAUUCAUCAUUCAAGUGGCAUCUUGUAGCAGUAAGGUUGUCACUCCAACAGUGCUCCGAAUGGCAACAAUUUAUAUGAAGUACUACUACAAUCUGAUGAUUCGUCAUUAA